AUGGGAAGAAAGCAAUUUGGACAAAGAUUUUGGGAUUCUCAAAAGAGACCAGGCCUGGUCCAACGACUCGAAAAUGGAUCUGUUCUCGUAAGCACCUUGCGAAAUAAAUGUCUUUUCAAACUUCUCCAGGAACUCCAAAGACAACUUGUCCUCGGUGGAAAGGGCUUCUUCUCCCACAACCGACUUCAUGGCAGCUGCGUCUCUACCAAUGGCGUACUUGGCGUAGAGCUGGUUACUCACGUCACCGUGGUCUUUUCUGGUCAUACCAUCUCCAAUGGCACUCUUCAUCAAUCUCGACAAGGAUGGCAGCACGUUGAUAGGUGGAUAUAUUCCUCUGUUGGACAAUUGUCUGUCCACAAAGAUCUGGCCCUCGGUAAUAUAACCGGUCAAGUCGGGAAUAGGGUGAGUGAUAUCGUCGUUCGGCAUGGUCAAAAUAGGAAUCUGGGUGAUCGAUCCGUUUCUACCUUCAACACGACCGGCUCUCUCGUAAAUGGUGGACAAAUCCGUGUACAUGUAACCUGGGUAACCUCUUCUACCUGGAACUUCUUCUCUGGCAGCAGAAACCUCUCUCAAGGCGUCGGCGUACGAAGACAUGUCGGUCAAGAUGGUCAAAACGUGCUUCUCGGUUUGGUAAGCAAGGUACUCGGCGGUGGUCAGGGCCAAUCUUGGAGUGAUGAUUCUUUCAAUGGUUGGGUCGUUGGCCAAAUUCAAGAACAACGAGGUUCUGUCCAAAGAUCCGUUUUCCUCGAAAUCCUGCUUGAAGAAACGAGAGGUCUCCAAAUUGACACCCAUAGCAGCGAAAACAAUACAGAAGUUCUCCUCGUGACCGUCUUGGACAUCUUUGGUUGGUCUGACCAAACCGGCUUGUCUACAGAUCUGGGCAGCAAUCUCGUUGUGGGGAAGACCAGAGGCAGAGAAAAUAGGAAUCUUUUGACCUCUGGCAAUCGAGUUCAUGGUGUCAAUGGCAGAAAUACCCGUGGAAAUCAUCUCUUCUGGAUAAAUACGAGCAAAUGGGUUAAUUGGAGAACCGUUAAUAUCCAAGUAGUCUUCAGCGAAAACCCGUGGUCCGUUAUCAAUAGGUCUUCCAGAACCAUCAAAAACUCUACCCAACAUGUCCUCGGAUAUAGGAAUCUUCAAGUUCUCUCCUGUAAACUCAACUCUGGUCUUCUUGACAUCAAUUCCAGAAGUACCUUCAAAAACUUGCACAACGGCUCUUUCACCCUUCACUUCCAAAACUUGACCUGCUCUGGUAGUUCCGUCCGGCAAAGUAAGGUUGACAAUCUCGUUAUAUCUUGGGAACUUGACUUUGUCCAAAAUGACAAGAGGACCAUUCACGCCCCCCACGUUGACGGAGUGGACACCGACAGCUCGCUGCUGGCCGGAACGCUCGUUCUUGUCUCCUUGUCGAGCGAUUUCGCUAUUUCAGACCCAAAAUACGAGUACAAUUUGCCGGAAAGCCACUCAACGUCCGGUAUGGACCCUUCGUCAGACGUCCAUUCUUGCGCGUUGGACGGGUUCAUGCUGGAGCUGCUGCCGAAAAUAGACGCCCCAACUGUAGACGAUGAUGCUGACGGCGAGACCCCAAGCGUGCUGUUGGCGAUCUUUGAAUGGAUAUCGAUUUUCUGGUCGUGCACAUGUUCAACCAGAUUCUGGCUGUUGAACAACGACACCUCCAGGACAGCGUUUGAGUCGUGUUCGGCAGCAGGCUUCUCGCUCGAAACGGGCUCGGACUUCUCGUCCGGUUUUGGGAUCCAAAGAGGCGACCUGUCGAGUGCAUUUCCGAUCGUGUGCUCAAACGCUUCUGUGCGCGACACCGUGUACGGGAGAACAACGUCCAGAUACUUGGACGCCAGCGUCGUAAACAGAGCCACUUUCAAAACUGAGUCCAUCACGGUGUCAAAUUUGUAG